CGAGCCAGCAGACACGAGCCCCACAGACGCGGACACCUCCGCCAAAUUCACAUUGAGUCCAGUCACACUGAGAGAACAGUUCUUCAGUCUUUUUAUUUGUUUUCGUUUUAUGUGUCUCCCCUCAAUUAAGUUGAAGAGAGUUUAGUUUGGGAACAGCAGACACGUCUUUCAAAACAUUUCAAGCAUGACUUUGGAUAAUAACGGAUUUUGAAGUGUCAAACUGCGCCUCAGACUUCCAGAAAAUAACGACAGACACCAGCUCUCUCACAGGUCCACAGCAGCAGAACUCUCCUCUCUCCCAUCAUGAAGACUGCUGGGGGGGAAAACAAAAAGCAGCAGAGGAACAGACAUCAGCAUCUCCACCAGGUCGGGUUGGGGCGAUUCUCCAGUGUCUGGUGGUCUACAUUGAUGAUGCUCUUCUUCUCUCUGCCCAAGGUGGACUGCAUGAAGGAGAGUGUGCCUAGAGUUAAACUCGGCUACAAAGAGCUGAUCCAUUCUCAAAGUGUGGUGCCAUUUGUGGGUUCCAGCCACGGACAGCAGUUUCAGACAGUACUUUUGGAUGAGGAGAGAAGCCGAUUACUGCUGGGAGCCAAAGACCACAUUUACCUACUGGACCCAGACAACAUCAAUAAACACCCCAAAAAGCUGAGUUGGCCAGCUCCAAGAGACAGGAUGGAUAUGUGUAUGCUUGCUGGCAAAAACCCUCUUACUGAAUGUGCUAAUUUCAUAAGAGUUUUGCACAGCUAUAACCGAACCCAUGUCUAUGCCUGUGGCACUGGAGCCUUCCACCCCACCUGUGCUUUCUUAGAGGUCAAAGGUCACAAAGAGGACAGCUGGCUGCACCUCCACAGCAACACUGUGGAAUCUGGCCGAAUGAAAUGUCCUUUUGAUCCUCACCAGCCUUUUGCUUCAGUACUCACAGAUCGGUAUCUAUACGCUGGCACAGCGUCUGAUUUCCUGGGCAAGGACAGCACGUUUAGCCGCUCUCUUGGCCCGCCCCCUGACCAGCAGUACAUUCGCACAGACAUCUCUGAGGACUACUGGAUCAACGAGGGCAAGUUUAUUUCCGCCCAUCCCAUCGCGGACACCUACAACCCUGACGAUGACAAGAUUUACUUCUUUUUCCGUGAGGCAUCCCGUGAUGGGAGCAUUGCAGACAAGAGUGUGCUGUCUCGCGUCGCCCGGAUCUGCCGGAAUGAUGUUGGGGGUUUGAGAAGUCUUACCAACAAGUGGACAACAUUCCUCAAAGCAAGACUUGUGUGCUCCAUUCCUGGACCAGAUGGAGUGGACACACACUUUGAUGAGCUCCAGGACAUCUUUCUCCUCCCUAGCAGAGAUGAGAGAAAUCCAAUGGUGUACGGAGUGUUCACCACCACCAGUUCUAUCUUUAAAGGAUCCGCGGUGUGUGUCUAUAAAAUGGAAGAUAUCCGUGCAGUGUUUAAUGGACCGUAUGCUCAUAAAGAGGGACCAGACCAUCGCUGGGUGGAAUAUGAAGGCAGAAUACCCUACCCACGACCGGGCACUUGCCCCAGUCGGACAUAUGAUCCUCAUAUAAAAACGACUAAAGACUUUCCAGAUGAAGUCAUCAGUUUUAUACGAUUGCACCCGCUCAUGUACCGCUCCGUGCACCCAAUGACGGGCCGACCAAUUUUCACUCGUAUCAAUACAGAGUUCCGGCUCACUCGGAUUGUAGUGGACCGUGUGGCAGCUGAGGAUGGACAGUAUGCUGUUAUGUUCUUGGGCACAGAUAUGGGAUCAGUUUUGAAGGUUGUCAGCAUCAGUCAAGAAAACUGGUCCACAGAGCAGAUCAUCUUAGAGGAGCUUCAGGUGUUCAAGAAUCCCUCACCCAUCCUCAACAUGGAAAUCUCCUCAAAGCAGCAGCAGCUGUUUGUUGGAGGAAGCGACGGGUUAGUGCAGGUGUCCCUGCACAGGUGCCAUAUUUAUGGGCAGGGCUGUGCAGAAUGCUGCCUGGCUAGAGACCCCUACUGCGCUUGGGACGGCAUCCAGUGCUCCAGAUACAUUCCAGCCUCUAAGAGGAGGGCCAGAAGGCAGGACAUCAAACAUGGAGAUCCAUCAAGCCAUUGUUGGGACACAGAGGAUGUGUUUGGGAGGAAUGUCGAGGAAAAGGUGUUGUACGGAGUGGAGAGCAACUCCUCUUUUCUUGAGUGCGUUUCUAAAUCCCAGCAGGCCUUAAUCCGCUGGUUCGUACUGAAGCCAGGAACGGACCACCGUCAAGAGAUCAAACCAGACGAGCGUGUGCUGAUAACCGAGAGAGGUUUGCUGAUUCGUUGGCUCCAGCGUAGCGAUGCAGGUUCCUACUUCUGCACCUCCCAGGAGCACAGCUUCACCCGUAACCUCCUCCACCUCUCUCUGCACGUCCUGGACCCCGGACAGCUCAACGGACACCAACCUGCUAUACGGGACUCAUCAGAAAACCCUUCCGUGACCGAACCCCGCCAGCGCUAUAAGGACUAUUUGCGCAUGUUGAGCGGCCCUGCACACUCUCUAGACGAGUACUGUGAAACAGUCUGGCACAAAGAGAAGAAGCAAAAACAGAAGGGCAAAUGGAAGCAUGUCCAAGAGCUCCGCAAGAGCAGGAACCGACGCCACCACUAGGGGUGCCAAUGAUGCGUGGAUUCGAGUGUGAGGUUAGAAGGGUCACAGUGCCCUGGGAGCCACUGGAUGUGGAUUAAAUGAACUCAAACAAUCUCAAAACCAAAUACAAAUACAGAAAUGAACUAUCUCCUGACCAGUCUGCUUAUGCAAAGCAAAAAGUCCCCCAGAAACAUCAAUCUUACCAUUAAACAUUAAUCUUGUUUUCAUUGUAACUGAUGCCUCAGAUAUGACCCACUGA